AUGUUCUUCACUCGUGCUACUCUCAACUCCUUCACCCAGGCUAUCCGUGCCUCUAAGAUGGCUGCUCCUAAGCGCUCCAGCUCUAUGGUCUUGGCCUACAUUGCCUUUGGCACCGUUGCACCCUUUGCUCUCCCCAUCAAGGCUGCUGUUUCUGGUGAAUCCCAUGAAAGUUAUGCCGACAACACGACAAAUAGUCUUUCAUUUUCUAUUAUGAACAACGAAGAAAUGGAAACAACAAAUACCUCGUCCAAGGUGACGGCGGGUACGGCAUCCGCAAUGGUAAAAAGAAAUUCGGCAAUUAAAGAGCAGAUUAAAUGGAAUCAGGAAUUUUUCCUGAUGUUCGAUAACGAAAAGGUGUUAAAUAUGAAAAGAAAAAUGAUGGAGAGUUCUUACUACUUUGCUCUUUUUGACCAGCCGGACCCAACGGUGAACUAUGUAUUUUCGGAGGAGGAUGGGGAGAGUUUCGAGAUAAUGGUACUCAACAAUAAGAAUUUCAAGUUCAAGAGCUCAUACAAGGAAAACUUCUCAGAAUGGGUAAUGGAGAUUCACAGUGUUAUGAGACUAUACAUUGAGUAUAGAGUAAGCAAGGAACAAUAUUAUGAGUUUGUCUGGAAAGUGGCCAAGACUUCAGUGGACGAAUGGUGUAUCAUUAAAGCUUUGGCAAAGACACCUCAAAUGCUGAUUACGUGCUGCCGGGAAGUACUAUACGUCCUGGAUAAAAGGGCAGAUGAUUUUAAGAAAUUGAUGAGAAACACUGGGAACGGUGGGGACAAAGACAACAGACAGUUUACGAGAUUGAGGGCGAACUGGAUAGGAGACAGAAGAUUGGAAGAUUACGACUUCACAAGAAGUUUCAUGGAGUUUCUCUACGAAUUGGACAAAGGUACCAGAGACAAAGUGGUGGAUCGCGUCUACGAUUUGGUUGAUCUUGACACUAAACUACUAACAAGAGAAGUACGUCGCAUAGGGUUCACUCUGGACUCUCCAGGUAGAGAGGCUUUGAAAAAGAGACUAGAGGGCAUCAUGGAUGCCACCAUGGCGGAGCAGGGAGCACGCCAAGGGUCGUUGAGGGACCGAAUGAAUCAGGAAAAUCGACGUAGCAGGAAGCCAAAGAAGUUGAAACGAAGUUAUCAAGAAAUGGAAUAG